GUGCAACAAGAACAGCGAGACGAGAAGCGAAGAGUUCCCACUCUGCGCACAUCAGCUCCUAGGGAGACUUGACCUCUCCUCCAACGCCGCUAGUUGUGGUGAUGGGAUUUCUUAAUACGGCUUUAUUAUUUAUUAUUACUAUUGCUGUUGCUCUCUCUCUCUCUCUCUCUGCGUGCGCAGUACAGCUCCUUUUCCCCCAAUUCUGUAUACAUAUACAUCUUUCGUUGAACAUAGGUGGAGUUCCUGGGGGCCUUCCACGCGUACAUGUAGCAUGUACACACAUCGAGUGCCUUUUAUAUCAAUUUUAUUUCCCUUUUUCUGCUGCUGCUGCUCGCUCUUUCUCCUUUCUUCAGCCGUUUCUUUUAGGCCUUUUUCUUUCUUUAUCCAAGUCAUGUCAUCGUUCUUCAGUAGUUGCACGUCGCAUCACGCUCGACGGCCGGGCUGCACGCCCAGUCGGUCCGCACCGCGGCUGCCUCGCCUCUGCGUUCUCCUCAUUGCGUGUCUCCUCCUCUUCUGCUGUCUUGUGGCACAGCGCAGUACAUGCGCACGCAGCGUGAGCGCCAGCGCACGCCGCAGCACACCCACUACGCCGCAUGUCCGCGCACCAGAUCAGCGCGGGCAUUUGCAAAAGCUAGUCACUCCGGCGUGUGUACCGGGUGUUAAAGGCUGGGACUUGGUGCGAAAUGCGGUGCUUCGCGAUGUCGGGUUUGCUGCGGCGGCUAUCCCGCUGGGACGUCACAUUCUUGUGAUGGGUGGCGUCACCGAUCUGCCGAGCUCGGUCGACGUGUUCAACUACACGAUGCACCACACAAAGCGCGGUGUGAACCUGUUCGAGCCGACGGAGGGCCGUGUGGAGGUGGCGACGGAGGUGCGACCGAAUCGAAGUAGCCUUCGCUGUCCGCUCCCGGUCUCUGAAACCUACGCGCUGCACAAACUACCUUCGUCAACGUUGAAGACGAACGGCGCAGCGUGGCAAGUGAGGGAUGACGUCCCGCAACGGUGCAUCGAGGCAGCGCGGGAGAACAGCACUGCCGACGCCGUCCUGCCCUUUCCGGUAGUGGGCAGCGGCAGCGUAGUGCGCGUGCGCAAUCGGGUGUACGCGCUCGGUGCGUGUAACACGAUUCCACCCGAGGUAAGCCUGGACCUCCUUCGAGCGACGGAGAAUCGGAAAGGCGGUGUGCGUGGUGCACGCGCCGCAUCCUCGGCGAACAGUGCCGCCCCCUCACCGCAAGUGCGCCUUGUGGAAGACUACCUACGCUCUGUCACGCGCCUUCAGCUUUACGCGAACGCCAAUGCGUCCGUCUUGCACCAGCACGUCAUCUACCAGCCUCCUUCCAUGACGUUGCGCUUCAACGCCACCUGUGUGGCCGGGCCUCGCGGUACUGUGUACAUCGUCGGCGGCACGCACGCCCGCACCGGGGAAAGCCUCGCCUCUGUCGCGCAGUUCGACACGGCAACGGAGACCUUCGUCGAGGGGGUCUGGUCGCUCGAUACACCCGUUGUCAGCCCCGCGGCGGCGUCCGACAGCGGCCUCGUGUUCUUCGCUGGCGGCUUCUCCGCACACGACACGCCGACGUUUUUUGAUCCGUCACGGCAGCGUCGGGACUAA